AUGGUAGAGAGUUCUGACUCUGAAACUGUUGAACCUGGAGACUCCGAGUCUGAGUCGAGUGCCCAAAUUCCUUCUCCCAGUAUUCCGAGUCAAGUGUCUGCAGCUGCUCCCGUUGCUUCUUUGAUCUCCAGCGUGCCGUCUCCAGCUGCACCUGUUGCUUCUUCUACCUCCAGCGUGCCAUCUGCAAGCUGCAACGACGUGGGUCAGUACAUCGACGACAUUGCCAAGGGCGUGCAACUGGCAGAUGACGACAAAUAUUGCCUGCUGAAGCAGCAUUUCUCGCCGGACGCUCGCUACGCGUUCCCAAGACACGAUGGCCGAGCGUUUCAGCACCGCUGGCUUCAAACCUACCAGCCCUGGUUGGUGUUCAGUGCCACCUGUGGUGGCGGCUUCUGUUUGCCCUGCGUAUUAUUCGCUCGCUCAUAUCGUGGGUCAUCGCUGGGUGUAUUUGCCAGGCGACCACUGACGAAUUUUCGAAAAGCUUUGGAGUUGCUGGAUGACCGCAUGACGAAGCAGUUCCACCGGGACGCAAUAGUACGAGCGGAUGGAUUCUUAUCUGUAAUGGAUGGAAAGAGAGAGAAUGUCAUCCAGCAAACCAGCACAGCGCUUGCAGACAAAGUGGCAGCCAACCGCAAAAAGCUGACCUCUAUCAUCAAAGUCAUUCUGCUAUGCGGACGCCAGAACUUCCCCCUGCGUGGACAUCGUGACGCUGGCACUGAUGUUGAGCCCGACGGUGCUGCUAACCAUGGGAAUUUCUGGGCUCUCGUGGAUUUCCGCGUCAAUGCUGGUGAUUCGUGUCUUGGCGAGCACUUGUCAACUGCUCCUGCCAAUGCCACGUACAUGUCUGGCGACAUUCAGAACCAGCUUGUCAGCAUCAUUGGUGACCACAUCACACGGCGAAUUGUUGCAAGAGUGCCAAAGGCAGCGAAAUUGUUCACGGUCAUCGCAGAUGAAGUAACAGACGUGUCCAAUAAAGAGUAG